AUGGCGAGUACCACUGAAUCGGGUUUCGAUUCGGGAUUGCGCAGCUCGCAGCCCCCCAUUGUCCCCAAGGACUUCUCCGCACAGCAGCCAGAAACCAUUCGGCUCUACCCACUAUCGAACUACACCUUUGGAACCAAGGAGACUCAGCCAGAGGAGGACCCUUCGGUCAUCGCCCGCCUCAAGCGCCUUGAAGAGCACUUCAAGGUUCAUGGCAUGCGCCGCACUUGUGAGGGUAUUCUUGUGUGUCACGAACACAACCACCCCCACGUGCUGAUGCUGCAGAUUGCCAAUGCCUUUUUCAAGCUGCCAGGCGACUACCUGGACCACGAGGACGACGAGAUUGAUGGUUUCAAGAAACGCCUGAACGAGCGCCUUGCACCCGUCGGAUCGCAGUUCUCUGGCGAGGGUGUGAAUGAUGACUGGGAGAUUAGCGAUACUCUUGCGCAAUGGUGGCGCCCCAACUUUGAGACUUUUAUGUACCCGUUCAUUCCCGGCCAUGUCACGCGCCCCAAGGAGUGUAAGAAGUUGUACUUCAUCAAGCUUCCCAAGAAGAAGGUCCUGUCUGUUCCCAAGAACAUGAAGCUUCUCGCCGUUCCUUUGUUCGAACUUUACGAUAACACUGCCCGCUACGGUCCUCAGCUGUCGGCCAUUCCUCACCUUCUUUCACGUUAUAAUUUCGAGAUGGUUGAUGAGAACGAUAACGUCGUUGCCGUGACCCCUGGUCUACCUCUGCCUGCUCCCCGCAUUCAUCAUCUUGCUGGUGGCUCUGACGAGGACACUGGCAUGACUGAUGAAACUCAGGAUGGUAUGAAUGGGAUGCCGAUUGAGUCUCACCAGUAG